GCAGCACCAGACGCUGAGCUGCACACUUUUUUAGUGACUUUCGUGGAUAAACUAAAUUUUGAAGACUCAAUUUUCUUCUUUGUUCUCUUGUGCCAAGUCCAAUUUAUACAAAAAACAAAAAAAAAAAAAAACAAAAAUUAUUCAUCAUGCCUGGACGUCCCCUUUGGCAGGUUGCAGGUAAACGUGAACCUGAACAGGAAGCAGAAGCUCAACAAUGGAUAGAAAGAGUGAUUGGAGAACGAUUCCCUCCUGGUGUACCGUAUGAAGAUAUUUUGAGAGACGGUGUAAUUUUCUGUAGAUUAAUGAAUAAACUUCAACCAGGAAUUAUUACAAAAAUCAAUACUUCUGGUGGAGAUUACAAAAUGAUGGACAAUCUUAAUCAAUUCCAGAAGGCUUGUGUUAAAUAUGGAGUACCUGACGUUGAUUUGUUCCAAGCUGUUGAUCUAAUGGAACGUAAAAAUAUCUCCCAAGUGACGAAUACAAUCUUUGCUAUUGGUCGCACUACAUACAGACAUCCAGAAUGGCGUGGUCCAUGGCUGGGACCGAAGCCAUCCGAGGAACACAAACGACACUUUACUGAGGAUCAAUUGAGAGCUGGAGAAGGUGUUAUUGGCUUGCAAGCUGGCUCAAAUAAAGGAGCCAAUCAAUCUGGUCAAAGUUUUGGAGCAACGAGAAAAAUUCUCCUUGGAAAAUAGAAUAUCGAUGGAAUUUUUCACUUCGAAAAUCAUUUCUAUAUCUUCAGAAGUUAUAUUUUACUAUUAUAUAUAUAUUCAUUGUUAUUAGUAUAAUUGUUUUACUAUAAUAUUUAUGGUCAGAACUAAAAAAUACCGUAAUCAUUUUAUUAUAUAUACCUAUAU